CUCCAAUCGUUCAUCUUCGUUACUUCUGCUUCUAGAACAGACAAACUAGCAUCAGCUAGCUUUAAACCCCCAUCGCAACUCUAAAACCCCCUGUCUUGCGUUGUCCACUUAUCCAUGGCGUCCACUGAGGUCUCCGACGUAAGCGACGGACCAGUCCUCAGCACAAUCACAAAGCGCAUCCGUGCACUUAAGAAGAAGCUGAACCGCAUUUCUCAAAUGGAGGGGUCUCUCUCAACAGGCAAAACCCUAAAUAAGGAGCAGGAAGAAACCCUCCGCACUAAGCCGGCGAUCGUUGCUGGAAUUGAAGAGCUGGAGAAGCUUCGUCUUCCGCUCUCAGCAGCAGUGGAAGAGGAAAUCACCCUCGCCGUUCGAAGCCUUCAAGGCCACGCACCUCAGGCCCCUGUAGCUCCCACAACGAACAAGGACUCUCAGGAAGAGCCCAAAAAAGACGAUGAGAAUAAGGGAGAAAGCGAUAGGUUGGUAGUGGUUGAGGAUCUGCUAAAUCUUAUGUACUUCGGCAGCAUGUUCGAUGUGAAGACCCUGCAGAACCACUUCACGGAGGUGAUGCUUUCCAGGGAACACGAGAGAGGCAGUUGCCUGUCCUAUGAUUACAUGAAAGACGAUGAUUCCAUUGAUCUGCUUGGUGAGGGGGACCUGGAUUUGAUUUCGAUGCUCAGUGGGCUGCUAAUUUCCCGACCUGCCAAUUCCUCUUUGCCACACAAGAAUGCCCUUCAGAGAUGUAUUGAGCACGCCAAACUCUGGAUCGAGAACUCCACACAGCCUAUUGGGCCCGACCUGAACGCUACAUAUGCUGGGUUGCGAUCAAAGCUGAACAAGAUUAUGGCUUCACAAUAUUUUGUUGCUGCCCCAGUUGGACUUCAGGCAGCCGCCGUGAGCUAUGGAGCCUUUCAGGCUCCAGUGCAUGAGUCUGCUCCACCAUUAGACCUGCCUGUGCAGGUGCAUGUGGAAGACAAUGCAGUUCAAUACCAACCAAAGGAAGGAGAAUCUGUAAGCUCUCUUGUCAAUGAAACUUGCAAUUAUCAGGCAAAUGACAAGGAUACACUUCACCAGGGUGACGAAAACCCAUCUGCAUUGCCGGUUGAAACGGAACCCCUUCAGCCUGGGGUGGAAGAAACAAAUGAUAACAGUGAUGAUAAAGGGCAACACCAAGUUCCUAGCAGAAGACAGCAGAGUUAUCACAGGGGUGGCACCCGUGGGGCUGGGGGUGGACGAAGGGGAUAUUCAAACGGACGUGGAGGACGUGGUAGGGGUGGGCCCUACCAGAAUGGACACAACCAUUUUGACCAGCCGGGGAAUUACAUCCCGAGGAAUACUCACUUCAGGGGAAGAGGAGGCAGGGGUGGUGGCCAAUAUGGUAACCAUUCCUUUGGAGGCCAAGUUGGUAGUUAUGAUGAAGAAUAUUACUAACUAUGGUUGGAUGAUGUUUAUUAUGUGUUGAGGAAAUCGGGCUUUUUUUGUUGAGAAUAGUGAUGGUUUUGCCUCCCAUGGUCAUUUGCUUUUCAUAUUUAUUGAACUGAACUGAAACAGAGGUGUCAUGGGAUGAAGGAAAGGUUUGAUUCUAGUUUAUGUUAGACUUGCACAUGAAAUCUGUCUCGUUUUUUUUUUAAAAUUUAAUCUUGGCAACAUUUCUGGAAACAAACGCUCUUCAUUGUUCA